CCCUCACCUGAUUGCUCGCUCCCGAUCCGCUCGCCUUCCUCUGCUCUUCGCCCCCGCACCUCAGUGACAUUUCGCCCCUUUGCCUGUUCUCCGUUCCCCACGCUUCCCACCGGGGACUAAAGCCACUUGAAUACCGGAGUGGCCAACCCCAUGCCGUUCCCGAUUCUCCCUCUUGCAGCUCUCACCCCUCCAGUGCCGACGGUAGAAAAAGACCUUACUCCAGGGGCUUCCUCCUCACUGGGGAAUUGCCGGAAAGAACAAACAAAAAAAAGGCGCUGGUGUAGGCUCCAAAAUAAACAUCUGAAUUCAUGAUGGCAUCGACAGAGGCUCUUAUUGGAUUAAAAGUUUCAAAACAAACAAAAACGCUUUGGAAAAAGCAGGGUUGAAUGCCUGCCUACACCCUCAGGCACGACCAUGGAGAAAAGUGGGAACAUACAACUGGAGAUCCCUGACUUCAGCAACUCUGUCCUGAGCCAUCUGAACCAGCUGCGCAUGCAGGGCCGUCUCUGUGACAUCGUGGUCAACGUGCAAGGACAAGCUUUUCGGGCUCACAAAGUGGUCCUGGCUGCCAGCUCCCCCUAUUUCCGGGAUCAUAUGUCCUUGAAUGAGAUGAGUACUGUCUCCAUAUCAGUCAUCAAGAACCCUACUGUUUUUGAACAGCUCCUUUCUUUUUGUUACACGGGGCGGAUAUGCCUGCAACUGGCGGAUAUCAUCAGCUACCUGACCGCUGCCAGUUUUCUGCAGAUGCAGCACAUUAUAGACAAAUGUACCCAGAUCCUGGAGGGCAUUCAUUUCAAAAUUAACGUGGCUGAGGUUGAAGCCGAAUUAAGUCAAACGAGGACCAAGCAUGCAGAGGGACCUCCGGAGUCUCACAGAGUUACACCAAAUCUAAACCGCUCCCUCAGCCCCCGACAUAAUACCCCCAAGGGAAACCGGCGAGGUCAGGUGAGUGCUGUCCUGGAUAUCCGGGAGCUCAGUCCUCCCGAGGAGUCCACCAGCCCGCAGAUUAUUGAACAGAGUUCUGAUAUAGAGAGCCGGGAACCCAUUCUUCGAAUCAACCGAGCAGGACAGUGGUACGUGGAGACAGGGGUAGCAGACCGAGGAGCCCGGAGUGACGAUGAAGUUAGAGUCCUGGGAGCAGUACACAUCAAAACGGAAAAUCUAGAGGAGUGGCUUGGGCCUGAGAAUCAGCCUUCCGGAGAAGAUGGGAGUAGUGCAGAGGAAGUCACGGCCAUGGUGAUUGACACCACAGGCCAUGGUUCUGUAGGACAGGAAAAUUAUGCUUUAGGAUCUUCAGGAGCCAAGGUGGCUAGGCCAACAAGCAGUGAGAUUGACAGAUUUAGCCCCUCCGGCAGUGUUGUUCCCUUGACGGAGAGACACAGAGCCAGAAGUGAGUCUCCUGGGAGAAUGGAUGAACCUAAGCAACCCACUUCCCAGGUAGAAGAGUCAGCAAUGAUGGGAGUAAGUGGCUAUGUGGAGUAUCUCCGAGAGCAGGAAGUAUCUGAGCGGUGGUUCCGGUACAACCCCCGUCUCACCUGCAUCUACUGUGCCAAAUCUUUCAACCAGAAGGGGAGCCUGGACCGCCAUAUGCGCCUGCACAUGGGGAUCACACCGUUUGUCUGCCGCAUGUGUGGCAAGAAAUAUACCCGGAAAGAUCAGCUGGAAUACCACAUCCGCAAACACACAGGCAACAAGCCUUUUCACUGUCAUGUUUGUGGCAAAAGUUUCCCCUUUCAGGCCAUCUUGAAUCAGCACUUUCGCAAAAACCACCCUGGCUGUAUACCCCUGGAGGGGCCUCAUAGCAUCUCCCCUGAAACGACUGUCACAUCUCGGGGACAAGCCGAGGAAGAAUCACCUUCACAAGAAGAGACAGUUGCUUCUGGGGAAACUGCCCAGGGCUCUGUGUCCACUACUGGACCAGAUUGAAACAGUGAGGGGAAGGGGGCAGACCCUCUUCCCCUUUGGGCCAUAAGUAACCAGCAUCAGGGCCAUGGACUGGUACUUAAAUUCAUGAAAUGCCACAUCACCAGAUCAGAAGAUGCUCCCAAGAUGUUGCCAAACUAGAGCAUCAGCAACAUACACAAAAGCACUAGAGGCUCUUCCCCUCUUUCUUCCCACCUCACACUUGGAAAAUAAUCAAGCAAAUCAACUUUGUAAUUCAGGGAUCAACAGCCUUGGUUUGUUAACUUUAUAAAAGUUUUUUUAACUAAACAGUGACAAAUGAUCAUUUCUCUACCAGUCAUGUUUGAACACUGUACUUUGGUCCAUAUCACCCUGGUGGCUGUCAUUGCCCAGGUGUAAAACACAAAGCAGGAGCCUUGGUCAUCUGAACCAGCCAGCCAUGAAAGAGAAGGAAGUCGUCAUGAUGGUGAUGAUAAAGGGGAGCUUCUCUUCUUCCUUCCCUGCCAGAACUUGCAGUUUCAUAUUUCAAGGAAAAAAAAAAAAAGAAUCCUGGUAGUUCUUUUUGUUUUGAAAGAUUAGACUUAAUCUUUGCCCAGGCAGGGCACCGGAUACUUUGCCUGAUUGUUUCACGCAAUUGGCCAUCUUGGAGCAGUAUUCUAAUGGGCAGCAUCAUCUGAAGCACUUUAGGCACCUGGAAAUGAAAUGAGCAGCGAAGUGUUUACAAUAGGUAUUCCUGCAUUUGGGGGCUUGAGUGUUGUGUCGAGCAAGAGGGGAGCAAGGGAAGGAAGUGUUUUUGUUUCGCAGUUACCGAAUAUCGAGUAACACAGAGCCAGCUGUACUGCAACUUCCUGAUCAGUGUUUGUAAGCCAUAAUGCUUGCAUAUCUUCGGGUGUUAAGAAAUGGCUCUAGUCCAGAUGGAUAAACGUGUAAGGCUGACUACCAAAGUUUCAUCUAGUCUCUUCGGCUCCUAGUUUCACAUAACAGCAAUAUUAUACAUCAAAAAUGUCACUUUACAGUGAAAUGAGCCUGGAUUCUAUUUUUAAAUUCACAGGUCUCCAUAUUUGAUAACUUUUAUAUGACAUUUUAAACAUUUUUUCUGCAAUAUUGUGGUUGUAGAAAUUCAACACUAUGGUUCUUACUGCAGCCACAAUUCCAUUUCCUCCUGCAUAUGUGAUAGUUUAUAUUUUCAGUCCAAUAGAAGAACCUCACUAAUCCAUGUCUUGCGUCUGCAAACCUAGUAAUUCAUAAACCAACCAUUAGCAAAUUGCUGGUGACUCCAAGAGCUUUGCUUUUUAAUAAUACACUACAGGGCAUUUACCAGAAAACAUCAUGCACAAUCAUGUUGCAAUAAAUUGAUCAAGGGGAUCAAUUUUGAUCAGGUUUGGUUACUUAAUCAUUCCUAAGAUUUUUGAAACUUCAAGGGACCUUUUUGGUAAUUCUGGGUAUUUCUGAAAUUCUUAAUCCAGCACCAAGAGUCAGAAAGAGUUUACCAAAUGUAGAGCUUCGGAUGCCCUGUCUUGCAUGCAGAGAAUGAAGGAGGAUCAUUAAGGGAUGCAGGCAAGUAGAUGCUUACAAAUUACAGUGCAAAUAGAAAGGAGAGAACUCUGGCUUCUCAUAAUUGAUCAUUGAUCUUUUAGAGAGUAUUUAAAUACAUAGUGGUUUAAGAAAUUGUUUUGGUACAGGGGCAUAGAUGAUUGUAAAAGAGAUUUGGGAGAGAGUUUGAUCAUGCCUGCACUGGUGGUGAGCCAUUCAUGAGAACAUUAGCGGUGCGUCCCCUUCCUGGGAAAGCUUUGGUUAUGUGGAAAAGUGGGUAGGAAAGAAUGGCCUUGCUUUGAUGAUCGGAAGUUAGAAUGCAGAGGGUAACUUUUAAGCAAUCUGAGACCUGUAUAUAUACAUACAGCUGUACCCUAUCACUAGUGAAUGGUUAUUUUUCUCUUCUGGAAAAACAGAAUGCGUCUUUUAAUAGGAAUGUAAUGAGGCUACUACCAUUUGAUCAGCGCCUACCCUUAAAAGUCAUGUUGAAGCCAUGUUUGUCUUCAGAAAACAGACUUUGGCAUUCUCUUUAGUUGCGCAACAGCAUGAUAGGGUGAAAACUGCCGCCGCGGGCCAUCUUAGGGAGCAACUGUGCUCUGUGGCAUAGAAAAAGUGGAGCUGAAAUUAGACUGAAAUCUUUAAAGAUUUCAUUUUAGCUGGCAGUCAAGGUUUUCAGUGGACAGAUUCUGCCGUUACUAAAUAGGCCGGAGGUGAGAGGUACAGAAUAUGCUGCUUUAGAAGGAUUGUUGAAGCCUACCAAAAAUAUAUACGUCCAUCUUACUUUUGAGAAGUAGGCUGGAAAGUUCUGUAUUGCUUUGUUAGUUUUUUAGAUGUUAUAUGAGAAAAUACAGCUUUUAAAACUAUUACCAAAUUGUAAAAGUGAGGUGCAGUCAUUUCUGUGAAGAGGAACUUCAGCAUUUGUCAGUGCUCCAUCCAGGGUGAGCAACAGACAUUUUAAGUGAACUAGGAACUGUUCGAUAGACGUGGAAAUGCUGUGAGGGUUUGAUGCGUUCCCCCCUCCCUUUUUAUUCACUGCUAACAGGUUUUUGCUGUAUCUAUACUGUGAACAGAGUGCUUUUCGGUUGUCUGGGACCACUGCAGCUCAAUCACAUUUGCUGGUUCUCGCCUCUUAAUUGGCCUAGUGCAGAGCCAUGAAAUUCAUGAAAACUCAAACCAGCCUAACUUUUAAACAGAUAUAAGUUUCUGAAAACAAUUUCUUCAUUUUAGUUAGAAGAGAUAUUAUUAUUCGAAAUAACUAUCCAAGAUUCUUACCCAGAUUCACUGUGACAUUGUCUUAGUUCUUAGCUAACAUCCUUGUAGGGACAUAGGAGUUAGUAGUGUUCUAUCUACAUUAAUGAAAAGCUCUAUAGGUAUGUGCACAGAGGAUACCUCUCUUAAGGAUGUACUACAUGGACUUUUAGCUAACGCUGAAAACUCAUUACCAAAUUUUAACUUGCACGUGUCACCUUGUGAAGGGAACAGCAUUAGCAGUGAGAGCUAAAUCAUCAUUAAAUACUCUAAUGCCAUGAAAUAGCAAACACUGGGACUGUUUUGAUUUGUUGAGUGGCGCUUAAUAGCAAAGGAGCUACCUAAUAUUCUCAGCAAAAGAAGAGAGAUGACAUUAAUCUACUUUCAUUCUAAAAGGUACCUUUUAUUUCUCUCUCAGAAUUCUGAUACCAGUUUAAAAUAUGGCAUUGGCAUGAACAGUAAUACUGUACUUUAGGCAGAAGGCUCUUUCUAAUGACUUGUUCUCUCUUUACUCAGAACCGUAUUUACCUCUGAACAGAGUUGAGUUUUCUGUGAGUUGCAGACUACCCCCUAGUUAUUCAUUAUACCAGAGGGUCAAAGCUAGUCUUGGAUAUCUAAGCAUGAAUUAGUUCCUAAAGGAUAAAGAUUGGUAAAUAAGGGAGAUGGCAGUUAAGAGAAGUUUUGGGGUUUGUUUUUUUUUUUAGUGUUUCCAAUUCCCUCUAUAUCAGUGAAACAGGGUUUUCCAAAGAUGGAAUGACAAUAGAAAUAAACCAUUUUCCUACUAACUUCAUAGUUGAAAUCUGACCUUGGUUGGAAGUGGUUUGAUAGAAGAGUGAAAUAGCGAACUUCAUCUAUAAUAGCUGAAUAGUCUUUGGUCAGGAAAUAACUUUCAAAAGUUUUAACUGUUUCUUAACAUUAAUUUUAUUUUAACUGGUAAAAACAACAUUUUGUUUGACUAAAAGAUCUAAUUUAAAGAAAUGAAAGCAAUGAGCAAUAGAAAGGAAAUUAAAUUUGAACAAAGAUUAAAAAGUCUUAGUCAUAGUGGAAAGGCGUUUAAUCAGGGAGGAGUUGGAAUCUUGGAAGGUUUUAUUUUUUCAGCUGUAACCCGGCAUGUGGAUUUGAUUUGUUUUGUUUUUUCUCUUCCUCAGAUGCUCUCCUUAUCUGUAUUCAUUCAUUCAGUAUUUUGGUUGCUGAGAUUUAGAAAAAGAAGAGCAAUUAAGCCAGAUAAAUCCCUCCAUUUGAGAGGAUGUCCUAAGGGGGCAAAGUAUAUCUCUAGGAUUUAGGAAUUAGAUCAAGAUUCAGCAAACCACAGUCCCCAAGCCAAAUCCUGAGGUCACCUUUAUAUAUAAAGAAAGUGGUAGUGGAAGAGAGCCACCCCUAUUCAUUUAGGUGUAACGGCUACUUUGUACAGUCCUGGCAAAGCUGACAGAGACCACAGGGCCUGCUGUCUGGCUCUUGACAGAAAAGGUUGCCACAUCCAGAAUUAUUAAUAGAUUUGAAAAAAUUAUGCCAUCCCCCUCAAUUUGUCGCUUUUGUCAUUUUGCCUUUAUAACAGGUUGGUUGAGGUUUUAAGUUUGUACUGCCGUGUGUCCAUCAGUUUCUUGAAAGAAGUUGCCAUCUUUUUCUAGAUGCUUGUCUCAUUUGUGCUCCUUCUUGAAUCCCAUUGCUUUAAAGCAUUUAGAGCAGGCCUUAUGAUUUGUCCUUUCCUUUAAGGUAGAUUAAGUUGAGGAUGGUAAUUACAGAUUUAAGAAAGUAAUUUUAAAAAAUAACUCCCAUGCAUAAUAACAUAAAGUUAAAUGAAUAUCAUGUUUAGAGAAAAUACUGGGGAAGAGAAGUAAUGUUUUUAUAAGUAAAUUUUGCCAUUUCUCUAAGUUAACAGAUGAUGAUGGCCAGAAUGGAUUUAUUCUCUCUAGUAUUAAAAUUAAUUUCUCUUAAGAAUAAGUGGUUUGAUUCCUAUCCAAAAUCUGUUUUUCUAGAUUAGAAACUAUCCAUUUCUUUACUAUAAAUCUUCAUUUUAAUUUACUCAGGUAAACUCACUCUGUUCUAUGUGGAGUAGUAAAAAGCCAAAAUCUUCAUUUUUUAAAAAGAAAAGAAUAUUUUAAAACUUAAACAUCUGAAGAUUGAAAGUUCUUUUUAGAACUAUUGUCCAAUUUCUGUUAUUGUUUGUAAUUCUCAAUAUAUAUUGGGACAUUAUAUAUUUGCUUUGUGAAUGUUCAUUCUUAACUGUUCAAUUAGUUUAUGCUAGAUGUGGAAAAGUAAAUGGAAAAUGUUAGGAUGAUAAUAAACAUAAUUCCUUGCAAGAGGAAAAUAUAAUGGCUCCCCAUUUGUAAACAGUGCAUGGACUUCUGAGUUAAGUUUAUCUGGGCAAAGUGUUCUAGGCCACACUCAUACAAUACAGUGAGUUUGAUUCUUUGUUGUGAGUUCUACCAACACAUGCAAAGUUUGGAUGAGUUACCUAGCCCCAUAUACGGCACCUCUUCACUAUACAUUUUAUUCUUAAAGUUGCCUUUUUCUAAGUUGGAAAUCAGGUUUUAUAUGUUAUACUCUCAGUAAUAAUCUUCAUCUAGAAGGUUCCAGUAUAUUUGCAUAGGUCAGAUCUGCUUUGUCUUGGAGCACUUAUAUUAAUAAUGAGUUCUUGAGAUUUUAGAGUACUGUUUUCCUGGUUAAUUUGGGAUUCCGGUUAAUUUAGGGUAUAGGACUUUGAAAGAAAUUGUAUUUAGGUAGUCCAGUGAAUUAUUUGUAUACACCUCCAUUUGAGGUCUUGGUAACAGAUGUCAUUUAAAUAAGAAUCUGUUGAAAAUAAUGGAGUUUGCCGAGCAUUAUGACUUCUUUGAUAACUAUCAGUCUUAAUGUGAUUUUGCCUCCUUUGCUUUCUAGUGUCUUUCUGUUUUUCACUCUUCUUAUUAUUAAGUGGUGCUUUUCCUAGGACCAGUCUUUUUACUUUGCAUUAAGUAACUUUUCUUGCUCAGGACAAACCAAAGUUGGGUAGUUUCAUACUUUCAAACCUGACUUAAUUACAUUCCACACCUGCAAGAUAUCUGUACAGACUAUCUGGUUUUGUGUAGGCAGACUAUCCUUCCCUUUGUGAAGAACAGCAGUGGCUUAGAAGGCAAGCAUUGCCUGAAAUAUGCAUUACAUUCACAGUGGGUACACAUAUAAAUAAAUUUAUCUUACACCUUCCCCAUUAUCUGUAACGUAAUUAAGAAAGGUCCAUUAGCUCAAAUAGUGGAAGCUUUAAACACAAAGCUUAGUUACAAAGGCAGAGCAGUUAAGGGGGGAAAAACCACUUUUCUAAUGCUUGCUUUUUUUAUGUCGACUCAGUAAGUCCUGUUAAGGAAACUAGAAUUCACCACCCACUUAAGAUAUUUGUUCAGCAUCUCAUACGACCAACAGCAUAAUUUAAUAUACUGUGAAUCUUAGAAUCUGAAUUAAUCCAUAAUGCCGGAAGUCAAAGUAUGUAUCUCAUGGGGAAAUAUUUCCUACCCUGUGAAAUCACUUAUAUGGUAGGUAGCAAGAGGAGAAUCUGUUAAGUACAUUUUUGUUCCAUUAAGUAAUUUUUGGUACCAGACAGUGUGCUUGGAAUUUGUAUACAGCAAAACUGAUUUUAUACAUAGUUUAGAUGUGGCUUCCUGUACUUGAGAGUCCUAAACCCACUUGGUUAGAGGCUGAUAUAUGUGUUUAAAAGCCAUGAGGGUCAAAAAGAAGGGGAUGGAAUUAACCAUACUAAGUGCUUUAGAGACAUAACUGCAGUAAAUUCUCAAAAUAACUCUCUGAGGUAGUAACAGAAGUAGCUAAAAAUCACUGACUUUGAGUGUUAACUAUGUGUUAAGCACAGUUUAAUGUUCCUCACAUUAAUUAACUCUGCUGCUCCUUAGACAAACCUGUUAGAGUAGAUGCUGUUACUAUCCUCGCUUUAAAAAGAGAGAAGUUGACCUAGGCAGUCUUUCUCUGGACUUGACACUCUUAAUGGACUAUGUUGCCUUUAACAGGUAUAAUUAUACCAUAUUUUAUAGAUGAGGAAACUGUUGAGCCCAAGAUUAUACGAUCAAUAAAUCGCAGAGCCAAUACUUACCAAUCUGAUUCCAAAGCCCAGACUAUAUCUCCAGUACAUCAUGUUAACUCUGUUUACUUAACAGAGUUGGAGUGAACUAGAAUAUACCAUAGCCAGUAACAGCACUGGUCUUAGUGAACUUUAAAUUCAGGAAUAAGUGAUCGGAAGGUUUCUCCAAGAGAUAAUGCAGUUGAUUUCGAGCAGAUAUUGCAUGGUGAACAUUUUCUGGGGAUAUUGCCCACCAAUUUAGAGGAGUCACCCAUUUGGUGGUUCUAAUUGUGAACAACUGCUUGAGUUACUACUACCAAGGCAGAAAUUGAAAGAUCGCAUUCCAGUUACCUGUUGCCAUGUAACGAACUCUCUAAACCUCAGUGACUUAAAACAGCAACUACUUUAUGUAUUUCAUGAUGUUGUGAAUCAAAAAUUCAGAAAAGGCUUGUCCACGCAGUUUCAUGUUCUCUGUGGUGACGAUUCAGGUCAUCUGAUAGUAUUCAGCAGGUGGUUGGACUGGUCAGGGUGUCCAAGAUGAGCUCACGGUCCUGACAUCUUGGUUGACCAGAAAACUUGGCCCAGCAGGCCUCCUCCGCAUCUCUGGAGCCUCGGGGACCCUCCAUCUGAUCUCUCUGUCAGAGUAGUCAAAUUCAGGAGAUGGCAGCUCAGGCCUCCAAGUCCUCUUCAAGGCCAGGCCCAGAGCUUUCAUAAGAGUCAUCACCACACAUUAUUGGUCAAAGAAGUCACUGGUCAGCCCAGAUUCGAAAGGAGAGGAGAUACCUUACCACUUGAUGGAAGAUGUGUCAAGAAUUUGAGACCAUCUUUAAUCUGUUACAGGCAGCAGUAUGUGUUCUGGAUUUGUCUUAACUCGUGUGUUCAUUUAGGUCAGUUGUUUGUGCUGUAAGAAACCAUUUCUUCUACUUACCAUGGGUUAGAAGAAGCUAGAAGGAGAAUGAAACAAAUAUCUGGAACAGAUUUCAUUAGCUUCCCACCCCCAAGUUUCACUUACAGCAAAGUUUCCAUGUUUUAUUUUGUACAAGUUCUAAAUUAUUGCAUUUGCCCUUUGUUUUUUUCUGUGAAGCAACAGUAAUUAUCCAUGCUAAACCAGAAAUAAUCUAUAGAGGGAGUAAAAACCUUGCUGUUACAGACCUUGAUUUAUUAGAGAUGUCAGCUGCAGUUCAUUUUCAAAUAGGCAUAAACUCCUGUGGUAUGGAAAAUUCAUAUAGCUGCUAAAUCUGUUUCAACAGGAGUUUCUAUUAAGUGGCUAGAUGGAUUAUAUUUUUGACAUAAUUGAAAAUUUUGCCUACAUAUACUACAUAUCUUUGUUCUGUGCUCAGUCUCUCAGUCAUGUCCAACUCUUCGCAACAACCCUUUGGACUGUAGCCCACUAGGCUCCUCUGUCCAUGGGAUUCCCCAGACAAGAAUACUGGAGUGGGUUGCCAUUUCCUCCUCCAGGGGAUCUUCCCGACCCAGGGAUUGAACCCUCAUGUCCUGUGUCUCCUGCAUUGGGAGGCAGAUUCUUUACCACUGAGCCACUGGGGAAGCCCCCCUACCUAUCUUUACUGCCACCUCUGGCACAAAUUUGUGCUGGAGAAGAAGUUCAUUCCAUUUAUAUUACCUUGCAUUUUGUACACUCUGUUGCUCCAUUUUAUAGUUGUUAAUCCUUUAAAAAUUAUCAGUUGCUACUGGCUUUUGUUGUCUGAAAUGACAUAUCAUUGAAGUGUUAUGAUUUGGGGUUAGAUUUGUCAAGUUUAGGAUGCUUUAACUCCUGCUGCCUUAUAAAAGGACUUUUAUUGCUUUCAGAAGAAAUAAGGGCAAAGAAUAAUUAUGUUGGAAAAAUGAUCAUCCCCAAAUCAACUUUCUAAGAGAAGAAAGGUUUGGUGUUAUCUAUGCGUUCCAUCUGCAGUGGUUUCUUAGAGAAUUAGUUGUGAGGGCUUUGUUGGUCAGUCCCAAUUAGAUCAUAUGGUCGAAGGGAUCUCUGUUCUUGGGUCAGGCCUCAGGAAUUACAAAUACAGGAAAUAAAAAGGGUACUCAGGGCUGAAAAUUUAGGACUCUAGAAAAUCCUGGGACAGGAAAAAAGGACUUUGGUAUUUGUGGUUGAAUAACCAGGUAUGGAAUGUUUGAGUCAUUUAGGCAUCCAGAUUCAUUAGAUUUUAUAUCAUGAUUGGGGCAAAUUUUGAUGAAUAAAAAUCAGUGAGCCUUAACAUUUUCCGCUCUGCUGUACCUCAAAGUCUGCCCAUUGUGACAGAGAAAACCUUUGAAAAUAUAUUCCCAGGGAAUGAAAAAUUGGUUCUAGGUACUUUUGCUCUAAGCAUCUUCGCCAUAGACAUCUCUGCUGCAGGCAUUUUCACCUUAAUUACUAAUUCACUGCAAGGCAAUUUUCCUGUAAAAGAUAAAAUUGUAAAAAAUAAAAGAGGGAUAUUAAAGAGGACAUAAUGAAACAUGAUAAAUGAAUGACAGUUUUUUUAGAAAACUUGAAAGCAAAUUACAGAAUAUUUGAAUACAUCUAAAAUGUGUGUAGUUCAUGACAAUCCUGCACGAAUAACUUGAUUUUCAUAUUUUGUGUGUUGUACCUAAGUACUUGUCUUCCAGGUCUUUCAUUCUUAGUAUUGAGUAUUUUGAUCAUCUCCUCAUCAGCAUUGUGCAUUUUCUUUUUUCUUAAACUUCUUCUUUCAUUGAGAGAGGUGUCAGUUUCCAAAAAGCCAGGAUGCGUAUUCGUAACCAUGCUUUCUUUCUAUCGCGUCUUGAAAGCCUCUGCACUAUUGUUUGAUCUUGGCAUCUUGUCACAUGUCUGUUCAUACUUUCCAUAGUUGUAUAGGAAAUGUGGGUUCAGCUCUACACCUGAGACUUUUGGCCUGUUUAUCCUCCAGUGUAGUGUAUUUCAAAAUAAGACACCAACUCAUGGGGCCAAUCAUCAUCAUCUGUCAGCUCAAUAAAACCAUCAGUAAUGUCACUAACUGGGAGACAUGCCUGUCAAAACCAAACUAUCAAAGCAAAACUGUCACCCAGUUAUUUUAUCUUCUGUGGCAAAAUUGUCUUAUGGCCAGUUAGUCAUGGUGCAAAAAUGUUUGCAGCAAAGAAGCUCAUAGCAAAAAUACUGGUUACUUGAAAAAUCUUUGAUAAUCGAUGAAGAUGCCUCUUGUUCGGUGUCUUAUAGCCCUUUGGGCCCUCCUCUAGAUUCUCUGACUCUUAAAUUUGAAAUCAUCUGGUGUUUGCACAAAAACUAAGUACAGUUGACUCUUGAACAAUGUGGGAGUUAGGAUGCAGCCCUCUGCAAGUGGAAAAUCCACCUAUAUCGUAAUAGUUGGGCCUCUGUUUCUGAGGUUCCUUUGUAUCUGGGGAUUCAGCCAACUGCUGGAGGUGUAGUAAUGUAGCAUUUACUAUUGAAAAAAACAUGGGUAUAAGUGGACUCAUGCAGUUCAAACCUAUGUUGAUCAAGGGUCAACUGUACUAUGGUCUCAAAUUGAAAAAGAGGACAAAAAAGAAAGGGAACCUGUAGAUUGACAAAAUUUUUUUUUUUUCAAAAUACUUAUUUUUUCUUUUCAGCAUCAUAAGUCUAAACUAUUAAAGCUAAUAACAACUACCUGAGAAAUUACUAUGGUUUAGAUUUCUGCAUUUAGCACAUCUUAAAGCAGAUAUUUUUGACAUAUUUGAAGAUGAUCUACUGAGUUUCCUGUAAAUUAACAGAGUCCUAACUCUAGUGGUUCUUAAAGAGCUAUUGCAAAACCGAAUUACAACACAGGGAACAAAACUUAAAAUGUGUUUCCUCUGGAAGCCAAGAUGCUAAAGCAGGGGUCACUAAGAGUGUGGCUGAAAUCCACUUCAAGAAUGGCUAUCAGUCAGAUAGCAAAGAUAUGUAAAAUUUAUAUGGUAUUUUCUAUUUUUACAAAAAUGAUUUUAAAUCAUGUAACUUGAAAAGUGAGCCUGUUUUCUUUUUGGAAAAGUGGGCCAAUAAAAAUAACACUAAUAUAAUUCAAUUGUAUAUGCAUGUGCAUUGAACACAGAGUGGUAUACUAAAGAUAGUUCAUGCAAAUAACUUUUGUGGGAAGUUUGGCUAUUUUCUUAAUAUCUUUUUUUCAUAAAUGUAUGUUUAUAAAUAUAUUUACUCGUCCACUAUAACCUUGGUAGCUUUAGAAACAUUUUGUUAGCUGUAUCAUUGAUUAUAAAAAUCAAUUUCUUGGCAUAGUAGGCUAUGAGAGCUUUUAGUUGCUUUGUUUGUAUUUUGGCUAAGAAAAUUAUUUCUUGCACUUUGUAUUUAUAAAGAUGUUAUAACACUUUGCACCCACUUAGUGCAGCUGUUCUUUAGCGACAAAAGAUGUAGGCGUUAAAGUGAAAUGUAUGUUUAGAAGCCCGGCAAAAGGAGGGUUCUCAAAAGAACAAAUUUGGCUUGCAUCUACCGGAGAAAAGCUGGGGGUUAAUAGAAAAUUUAGGUUGAAAAUAUAUGUUGGAAUAGGUGUGCAGUCACUGCAGGUUGCAAUAUCAUUAUGAAUUGCCCGCUGUAUGUAUGCGAUUGUAAUGUAUGUGUGUGAGAAAAAAAUGUCUGGUGAAGGCAGAUAAGUCAGUGUAGAAAAUUCUACCUCCCAUUAAAGACAGAAUAUUCCAAGUUUGCCCUGUAGCCCCUUACGCAGGAGGCUGGAUUCCUCAGCCACUGUCCACCUCAUUCUCUUUUGUACUCGCUUUAGCUCCUCUACCUCUGAGCACUUGGCUGAAGAAAGUGUAGCUUUCUGUAGCAAGCAAAGGAAAGCCAGACCCGAAAUAUGGAGGUUGCAGUAUCUCAUGUCUCUUUGUCAUCUUCACAUGUUAAUGUUUGGUUUUGUUGCCCAAAUCAGUGUCAGAACACUUGGGUUUAGUACUUUUAUCCACUGGCCUCUGUUUGGCAAGGGUAGCCCUUGGAAGUGGAGUCUUUCUGCUGUUUUUAAAGAUGCACUCAGUUCCUUUUAAUGAUGUGAAAAUUUUGUUUGAAUCCUGCUUUUUUUAUUUUUUAAUUGCCAUUUGCAGCCCAUUUUGGGGACUGGAAUAUCAACCAUAUUUUCCUGAUGUUGAGCCUUCUGCCAGUAUCUUGACAUGCAGUUUUGCAUGACCUGGAUUUUUGGAUGACCUAUUUUGCUUUUAGACACUCUAAAAUUCUUCUCUUUAUAAUGCCAAGAAUGUUAUAAUAGUUAGGAUGGCCUAUUGUGGGUGUCAGGAAAUUCAGUUUCAGUAGUAAAUGCCACUAGGCAGACCACCUAAUCUUUAAAUGCAGUUGGAGCACUCAGCUGAUUUGCUGUUGGGGGCACCCUAGCCCACCGAGCCAAAUCAGGUUACCUACCUUUUGAACAUUUGUUACAGCUGAAAAAGGACUUUGGGCCUUUCAGAAAUAUCUCAGAAUGCUUUCCACCUUUUCAUUCAAAUGCACUGGUUAGAAUAGCUGGUUGUAAUGUCCAAACAGGGACUCACUGGUUAGGAGUGAAAACGAGAGAGCGAUCUAUUUGCAGACUUUGAGAGUUUUCACAUCCAUGUUUUAGGUACUAACUGAUAAGUGUUUACUUUUCCUGUUGACUGGAUAGGGCAAGUGACAGUACUGACAGUGUGAAAUUCCAAAUUCAAUAAGCAGUACUCACUGGUGACGACUGGUGUAUUGGGUUGGCCAGCCCAAUAGUAACCUUCAUCCGUGUAACAGUAUGAAUUCUGUAAGGAGAUGAGAUACUAAAAUCAUGUGAAUCUGUUCACCACAGCUAUUUUUUUUCUAACUAUAGAAUAAUUGUCAGCCUAUAAGCCAUGCUACUAAAAACCUAGACUCAGGAAUUAACUCCUGCUUAGGAAAAUUUUUCCUUCUGGCUUAUCUUUUGUUUGUGCCCAGAGUCUUGGCCUAGACCUGUCCCCAGCUGUUUUGCUACAAACACAUACUUAAGGUGCAGUCUUACCUAAGUCGAUAAUACACUGUCAGCCAUGCAGUCUGUUUUAUAGCCAAAGUGAUUUAUUGAAAUACAAAACAAAAAAAGUGAGAGAUGCCUAGGUCAUUUCUUGGAGGCAAGUUGAAUCAACCUAUGAAUCUGGGAGGAAGCAUAGGGUCUUAUCUUCUAUCUGGCUUGGGUGAACAGUGACUUUAAUGCUUUCUAUUAAAAUACUACAGAGCUAGUUGACCUCGGCAAGUAGUUUUCAAUUUUGGCUGCACAUUAGAAUCACCUGGGGCUUUUACAAAAUGACUGCCGCCUAGGGCCCCCUCCCGACAUGCAUGUUUAAUUGGCUGGCUGUGCAGCCUGGGCUUUAAUUGGCUGGCUGUGCAGCCUGGGCUUUAAGAGCUGCUCAGGUGAUUUUAAUGGGCAGCCAAGGUUGAGAAUCAUUUUCUAAGUAGUCCUGAAGGGUCUGUGGCAGGAUAACCUCCACCCGGUUGUCUUUUGUCAGAGGUUCCUUUAUCAGUAUCACAGGCAUGGCUUGGCAUUUAAAACUUAGCAAGGGCCACGGCUCAGGUGGUAAAAUGGACCAUCCGUUUGUCCUCAGAGUCAUUCAGCAGAGAGCUGUUGCCAUGCACCCAGUUUCCUCUCUGUACCAAAGUCUGCACAAGUCAGCAAAAGACAUUUUCUGAGUCCGUUCCCUAGAAUCCUCUUUCCCUUUCAUAUGUGAUUUAAGUGGAGAUUUUUAAAACUCUGCUAGCUAAAAUAGAGCACUUGAACUUAUUAAAAGAGCCAGCCCCCCCCCCCCCAAAAAGAGCCAGGCCCAAGCCACCUAGGGUGAUUUUUAUUUGUAAAAUAAUCAGGUAGCAUUGUUAAAGUUAAUGAAGAAAUAGAAGGGUCCUUCCUGGUGUGAUGGUGAUGUAGUUGAUUAUUUGUCCCUUAGCCUGUCUUCUAAGUGGGAUUUCAGUGUAUGGUGACUUUCACUUUUCCAUGUUCCUUUGUGAAUUAAAUGUACCAGCUAAGGCGUAAAUAUUUCUGAGUUUUACAUGAAAUGUGAAAUGAGUCCUUUUAGCAGCUUUGUUCCAGGAUGUCAAAGACUUAACCCAGUAAUUCCCAAAUAAGUUUUCAUAUCGUCAAUUCAUUCACUCACCCAGGUGUAAAAAACCUGCCCAUGGCAACCUCAGUGUGGUAAUGGGCAGAGGAGGACUGUUUGAUUAGCCUUUAAAAAGUGAGAGCCACCAUUCAAACUAAUAAACUACCAAGUGAUUUCUAAUUCAUGAAAGAAAUUUGUGUUCAAGAGCAAGUUCAAAUGUGAUGGUCACAUCUGAGAGACUGCUGGCACUGUGGAAACUUUGAUUCCUAUACUGCCUGCAAAUAAUCGAUGAUUUAAAUUUCAAAUAGGUGUGUUUGAGAAGAAACAAGUGGGUGGAAGGAAAGAUUGUUUAAGUGCAGAGGACUGAAUUAGCAUCAGACUCUGACAUUUCAUUAAAAUAACAUUUAGGCCUGACUUAUUUGCUUAGCAUGUAUAUGCUGCAAUGUCAGAAAUGCCUCCUAUGCCUUAGAAGAUCUGAGAAGGCUUCCUUAACGUUGGGUGGAACAGAAAAGCAAUAGUAGCCUUGGAGACUUGUCUGCAUCCAGAGAGAAGCCCAUUAGGGUUCUCAUACUGAGAAACCUUGUAGAGUACUGUGAAAUGUUGUUGAACUUUAUGCAGAUCACAUCGCACUGGAUUUUAAGAUUUAGGGGAAGGAGAGUAGAGGAGGAGAAGGGGAAGUAAUUAAUGGUAAAGUAUAUAUAUAUGAACUUGUACUAUAUUUUACACAAGUAAUUAAACAAAUUCCCUAUCAGGAAUUCUCUGUCAGGACUAACCAGCCAUAUUCUUCUGUCCUACUGAUUGGCUUGCUGAUUCCUCUUAAACCUCUAAGUAAUCCUUUCUGAAAGAGCUAAACAGAAACUGGUCUGACUGCAGUUUCACCACCCUGCCCCAUUCCCUUACUCACAACAAAAGAAAAACAUACCCAAACUAUAGGCAAAAAAAAAAGUCUCAGUACGUUAACUUUUCAUCCUUUAUGGUCUGUGUUCACUGUUGUAGCCUAUUGCAUUGCCUUGCAAUAUAAUGGCAGAACUUAAAUAGAUCUGCCACAUAAUGAGUCAGGAACCAUUGGCUUCUUUAAGAAAUCUUAACACCAGAACUCUCAAUCUUUGGCUUGUCAGCACAAGUGAGUAAAGGGAGAAGUACGUUGAAAGAACACAGGGAAUUCCCUGGCCGUCCAGGGGUUAGAACUUCGUGCUUUCACCGCUGAGGGCCGGGGUUCAAUCCCUGGUUGAGGAACUGAUAGGAUCCUGCAAGCCACUUAGAUUUCCUGGCUUCUCAUAAUUUCAGGUGGGACCCACUUACGCUCUGUGUCUGAGAAGAAAAGACAGAGGGUUCAAAGAUAGAAAAGUCAAUGUAGUCGAAAUGUGGUUUCCUUCAGAUGGACAUAGUCGCAAAGACAUCUGUCCACCUGUUCUCAAUGGUGCUUACAUGAUGGGUGACAGCUGUCUCCCAUCUUCCCGUCCCUGGCACUGUGCCUUCCCACUGGUCACUGUGAAAAGCAGAUCACACUGGACUCAGAGGCCAGAAUCCAGGACGAUUUCCCCCUUCUCAUCACUUCUUCAUACAGCUAAUAAUGUAGCAUAUACUGCUCUUUGGAAAAUUCUUGGGUUUGACCCCCCCAAGAAAUAGUAAAGCAUUUAAAGGAAAAGUACGAUUCUGGUGGUAGCUAUCAAAGAGAUGACAAGAACAUUUUAGCUUCCCCUCAGAUGAUAUUUAUUAUAGCAAGGACCAACUAUGCCUCCUCAUCCUCAGUUUCUAAGGAUAGCAUAAUAUUUCUAAGCAACAAAGUUAUCUAACAUUUUUUCCACAACUUGUUAAUCAAGGAUUCAUAUUAAAACCGACAAUCAGUUUCUAAAAUGUUGUUAUCCCUGAAAGGGAAUGAGAUAGUUUUUAACUAGAAGAACCUUUUUUUUUUUUCCCUUUGAAAAAACUAUAACACUUGAGGUUUGUGUCUUUCGUCUGCAAUGAUUACUCCAUAAAGAUGUCUCAGAACAGUCAGUGAGCCAAGGCUAGCACUCUCAUGCCCCUGAGGGUGCUGGACUGGGUUUGUACAUCUUAUUUCCUUAGAGAAUAUCUGUUUUUAUUAUGCCCUUAACUAUAAAUACCUAUAUAUAGGAAUAGGAUUUUCACCCCACCCUCUUGUAAUCAUUAUCACUUAAGUGUAAACCACACCUCCCCCUAUCCCCACUUUUACUGAAAAAAAUGCACUUUAAUUCCUAAGGAGAGUGGCUGUUCCUGGCCCCGAAGCCAGAUUACUUCAGGAGGAGAGUUGAGGAGGGAGAACCCUAGGCAGACCCUGUGAAAUUAACCAAAUUCCUUAAUGUAAACACACAAGUCAACCAUUUUUAAGCUGCCCCUACCCCCAGCCAAAGGGCAAAAGAACCAAAUGGAGAAGUUCAAAAUGCCUACCUUAAUUUGAGAUGUUUCACUAGGGGAUAUACCCAAUAUUUUCUCAGCUACCAAAUUAUCAGAAACUUGAGGGUGAUUUUGUGGGAGGCUGAGACUUUUUUUUUAAAUGAAAAGGCCAAGUGAAUCACAGGCUAUAGAAUACGAUCCUGAUUUGUGAAGUAUCAGAUUCAUUCUCUCCCUUAAUUUGACAGGUGUUCUCAAGUCUCUCCUCCUGUAGAUUCUGUCCUUCCCCUGAUGACAAGCCAAUAGUUCUUGGUGGGGUUGCAUGUCUCCUAGAGCCCCAGGAGCCCUGUUGUGUCGGGGAAGGGGGGAGGGUAGGAGGGUGGGCAGAGACGGGCUGGGGGAGGGAGAGUCAGAGAAAGAGUGAAGAUAUAUGGGUUUAUAUAAACAUAUUUAAAGCAGUUUAGCAAAAGCUUUCUCGUUGAACAGCUUUAAGAACAAUGUGAAUGAAAUUUAGCAACUUGGUUAGUAAUUUGAAAAGUCUAUUAAUGUAUACUUGAAAUUCUGUUUGUAUAAAAAUACAUUUUCCUCUUUAUUUUAACACUGUGUAAAAGAACAUUAUGCAUGUGAGUGGUUUGAGAAUUAAAUGAUUUAAUAUUCA